AUUUUCCAACAGAAUUCCUAUGAGAGGAGCAGUAUUAUUAAAGAGAUCAAAUUUCCCAACCUUACAAUUCUCGUCGAUGGCAUAAGCUGCUGCCUGAGUAUAGUAGAGAGAGCAGAGAAGACUUAACACAGCUGCCGUUCCCCGCCAGAAUAAAGUUUCACGGCGGUGCCGGAGAAGAUGCAUCCUACUUCGGCCACCGCUUCCACCGACCACAAAAACAAACGCCUCUGUAAUACUCCGUCCACAAUACUUUCCCUCGACGGCGACAUCCUCUCUAUCAUCUUCGCUUUCCUUAACAUGUUCGACCUUGUUCGUUGCUCUCUCGUUUGCAAAUUCUGGAAUGAAAUACUUGAGUCUCGGUCAUUGCGAGUGUUUUAUGAGAGGAAGUUGCGGAACGAUGCUUCGAGUUCGAGGUCAUUUGAACAUACUAAAAAGUCCUUGAGGAUGAUUUUAAGGGAUGUUGCUAUGGAGCAGCAUAGAUUGGCGCUUCAAUGUGGUCGGUUUCAUGUUGAUCAGUGGAAGGGUCAUUCAACAACGAUUUCUCAGUGCCGAAUGAAAAUGGGCACACUUGUUACUGGUGUGGGAGAUAAGGUUAUUCGUCUAUGGUCACUAGACCGCUAUAAAUGUGUAGAAGAAUACUCGAUACCUGAUACACUUUCUCUGGUGGACUUUGAUUUUGACGAGAGCAAGAUUGUUGGUCUAAUUGGCAGUCAUUUUUGCAUAUGGAGGCGGAACGGGAAAAGAAGUGUAUUUCCUUCUCUUGAAGGCAAAUUCAUAAAAGGUUCAUGCAUGCGUUACUUUGAUCCAGAAGCUAUGGUUGGAUGUGAUGAUGGGUCUGUUCGUGUUUUUGACAUGUAUAGUAGGAGAUGUUCUCAAAUUAUAAGAAUGCAUUCUGCACCUAUAACUUGUUUAUGUUUAAGUGAAGAUCAACUGAUACUAAGUGGCUCCACUUCGGGGAAUAUAACAAUAGCAGAUCCUUCUUCUGUUCAGAAAGUAGCAACACUUAGAUCAAGUGAUUUUAGAGGCAUAAAGACCUUGUGUUUAAAACCCUCCUCUCAGCUUUUGUUCGCCGGAUCAGCUGUUGGGUAUACAUAUUGUUGGGACAUGAGGACACGAAAACUGUUGUGGAACACACGAGUGAGUCCUAAUGUUGUGUCCUCCUUACAGCACAUGCGGAAUGACAAAUCAACAUUGGCUGUUGGAGGAAUAGAUGGUAUCUUAAGAUUUCUAAAUCAAAAUGAUGGCAAUAUUGUUUCAAGUUGUAUUGCGGAGGAUAGAUUGUUGUCGACGUAUCAAAGUCAUCCAGGCUCCAUCCAAAGAAGGAAGGGGAAGAGAUUGCCUGAAGAUACCUACAUAAAUAUUGAUGCCAUUCCUAGGAAUUCUCGACCUUCUAUUACAUGCCUAGCUGUUGGAAUGAAGAAGGUUGUUACCACACACAAUACCAGGGACAUCAGAUUGUGGAAAUUCAAAGACAACAAUACCAUUUCGUUGUAAAAUUUAUGACCUAUUAAAUUUGCACUUCUAAAUUUCGUGUACGGAUUUGAGAAUCCGCAAAUUCAUGUGCGCUUCACCUACUUAACACAGCUAAAUAGGCUCCCCCAUUAUGGAUGCUUGUAGGAAAGGAUGACUAUAGACGCAGCUUCUCUCUCUUAGGGAUCCAAUAAAUAAAUUGGAAUCAAAUUGACUUUUUUGGUGUGUGGUUGAAAUGUAAUGAUUUAUAGUUAUUGAUGGGUCGAUUUAGUGAAAAAACAAUUUGAGGAGUUAGGUCGGAGACUCACUCCUCAAAUUGUAUUAACUAUUUGACAUAGAAGAUAAUUAGACCAAAAUAAAGUAUGAACUAUUUGAUAAUUAGACAAAAAAAA